ACCAUCAUCUUAUUACUGCUCUGUCUUUGAACACACGCUGAAGAAGAACACUGUUCAAACAACAUGGAAGCUUUUGGAAGCAUGAGAGAGGAAACUGUAGCUGUGCUGAUUUACCUGAGGAAGCUUCUGAAUAAGAUCGGGAAGCUGGAUUCAUACAUGGUUGAGCCAUUCCUUGAGAGCCUGGGAGUCUCACUGCAAGAGAAGUUCAGAGGACACUGGUACCCUGAAAACCCCAGCAAAGGACAGGCAUACAGGUGCAUCCGAAUCAACAGGUUCAGCAGAGAGGAUCCAGUGCUGCUUCAGGCCUGCAGAGAGAGUGGAGUUCAGUACAGCGACCUGGGACUGCCCCGUGAACUCACGCUGUGGAUAGAUCCUGGGGAGGUCUGCUGCAGAUAUGGAGAAGGAAGUAUGUUCUUCUCACUGGCCACUUUCUCUACAAAGGUGGAGGACAAAGGGAGAUCACAUACUCGCCCUCUUACCACCAACACCAGGCACUGUUCCAAGAAAUUGAACCGAAAUGCUUCCGAGUGGUAUCCAAAAAAAAUGGUACCUGUGAAACAGUGACAUUCAUCCACUGCCUCAUUGACGUUUCAGGCCUCACGGGCAAACCCGGCUUCUCCUAGUACUGGAGACAGGGUCAGAACUCACAGAUGACUUGCAGGACAUUUUGUUUGUGAUGACAUGUACAUUUGUAGAUAUUUUUUCAAAAUAAAUGAAUUAUUAAGAACACA